GCUGCCAAAUCCAUAACCCCUAUCUUAAUUGCUUUAGUGUGAUAUCUUGGAAUAAUUAAACACACAAUGUAAUAAUUCGUGCCAUGUCUUCAAACACCAAUCCAUUCAACUAACUACACAAACAAUUGAUGUACUGAAAUGCUAUUGGUUGUUGUUCAGGUGAUUUUAGUAUCAGUGAGUUCACAUGCAAGAGAUGUUACAUUCUCUGGAAAAACUGAUUACACAAAAGAAGAAAUGGCUCAAAUUGGAAUUUACAAGUCCUACAAAGAUUUGAUGGAAGAUAUUACUGGACCUAGAUUUGCCAACUCUUCGCUGAUACAGAGCCUAGUGCAGGUGUUCAAGGUGCAGUGUAUUCCUCCAGAGCCAUUACCUGAGCCUCCAGUGCGGAAAGUGUUCAUUGCUUUAGAGGGCACUCACAAUUCAGGCAGGAACAACAUGCUACGAAGGAUGGCUCAGAUGUACCAAGGCUAUGCUUUGACCAAUCCUCCUCGGUGCUUAGCGCACCUCAAGGCUGACUUCCAUGGUACCAAGCAUGAGCGCAAAGUCUACCUGGCCUUGAGUAACUACGCCUCUGCCUUCGACGUACAGAGCGUGUGGCAUCAACAUCCUGUAUUUAUGUCUUCAUAUUACUACGACCAGUUGGCAUUUAACAUAGCCUGGGGUCACGCCACGCCUGCUGACCUUCCGCCCGCAGGCUCCAACAUCUACGAGUGGCCUGAGGAUCUGCUCAUACCUGACCUCACUGUGCUGCUCAACGCUCAUCACUCUAUACGCAACCGGAUCUCCACCACCAAAGAGAACUACAUGUUCCAGCGCAAGAUCGUGACGGCUUUCGAUAGAUUUGUGGACCCACCAAUCCUGACAGUAAAUGCAACUAAUUUCUACGAAGAUUCUUUUUUCAAAAUAAGAAAUUACAUUCAGAAGAUAUGGGGAUACACGCUCACUGUUAAUGCUACUCCUGAAAAAUAAAAGUCUUAGUAUUUCACAA